GCGGCGGCGGCGGGAGGCGGGCGCUGUCCAUGGCCCUGCGGAGCGCCGGGCCGCCCCGGGCUCCGCCACCCCGUCGAGCCGAGUGAUGGGCAACACGGUGCACAAGACGCUGGCAGACACAACUCACCAGACCCGCUCAGUGUCCAGCCGACCCUACUACAGUUUGCCCAAUAGCAGCCAUGAGAGACGCUCUGUCCUCGCGAUCACAGAGCCGCCGCGUUUCCAUUCCCAAGCCAAAGGCAAAAAUGUCCGUCUGGAUGCUCACUCUCGCAAGGCCACUCGGAGGAACAGUUUCUGUAAUGGGGUCACCUUCACCAACCGGCCCAUCCACCUCUAUGAGAAAGUGAGGCUGAAGCUGGUAGCUGUGCACCAUGGAUGGAGUGGUGCCCUACGGUUUGGCUUCACCAUCCACGACCCAUCGCAGAUGAGCUCUGACGACAUACCAAAGUACGCCUGUCCGGACCUUGUGACCCGACCUGGAUACUGGGCCAAAGCUUUGCCAGAGAGGUUUGCUGUCAGAGACAAUAUCUUGGCCUUCUGGGUUGACCGUCAUGGGAGAGUCUUCUACAGUAUUAAUGAUGAGGAGCCAAUAUUGUUUCACUGUGGUAUUAAAGUUUCCGGUCCUCUCUGGGCACUCAUAGAUGUCUAUGGAAUUACCCAUGAAGUGCAAAUACUAGAUAGCAUGUUUGCAGAGACCAUGACCACUGCCCGUCUCAGCUCUGCACGACUCAGCACUUGCCUUCCCCAGAGCAACCAUGAUUCAGCCAACUUCAAUAACAAUGAACUGGAGAAUAACCAAGUGGUGGCCAAAAUUGCUAACCUAAACUUGAGUCGAGUACCAGGACUUCCGACAGACAACCACAUCAUCCCCUGUUGCCCAAACAGACGGCAGCGUGCCCAAGGGGUCCCAGCCUUCCUGGAUACAGAUCUGCGAUUCCACCCGACUCGUGGACCUGAUGUUACCUUUUCUCAGGACCGAAUGAUUGCAUGCACCAACUGGCAAGAAAGCAAUAGGACUUUGGUGUUUUCUGACCGGCCUUUGCACAUUGGUGAAAGUCUUUUUGUGGAAGUAGGACAUCUUGGGUUGCCAUAUUAUGGGGCCCUUUCAUUUGGCAUCACUUCUUGUGAUCCAAGUACUUUACGGACAAAUGAGCUCCCAGCAGAUCCAGACUUUCUCUUGGACCGCAAGGAGUACUGGGUGGUUUACCGAGCUUUCCCUGUCCUCAACAGUGGCGACAUUCUCAGUUUCAUGGUCUUGCCGAAUGGAGAGGUGCAUCAUGGGGUGAACGGAACCAGCCGAGGAAUGCUAAUGUGCGUGGACACCUCACAGUCUCUCUGGGUGUUUUUUACAAUCCACGGUGUAAUCAACCAGCUCAAAAUAUUGGGCACUGUGCAGUCCAGCCCAGUGACCAUCUCUCCCUCAGGAUCUCCCGGUGGCUCACAGUAUGACAGCGACUCAGAUAUGGCCUUCAGCGUGAACAGGUCAUCGUCUGCUUCAGAGUCAUCGCUCGUGACUGCUCCCAGCUCUCCUCUGAGUCCUCCCAUCUCUCCUGUCUUCCCCCCUCCGGAGCCAUCAAGCAGCAAGAACGGGGAAUGCACUGUCUGCUUUGACAGUGAGGUUGACACGGUGAUCUACACCUGUGGACACAUGUGCCUCUGCAACACCUGUGGUCUUAAGCUGAAGAAGCAACUCAACGCCUGCUGCCCAAUCUGCCGACGGGUCAUCAAAGAUGUUAUUAAAAUAUACCGUCCUUAGUGCCCGGCUCGGGCUGUAGAGGGGAGAACUCCGCUAGCAGUAACCAUGCCUUUCCGUCCCUGCUUAUGGGUUAUCGUGCUGGUCAAUUGUUAUCAAGUGGCUCGUUAUCUGUGUUUCCUUAUUUGACCGAUAGGGCACAAUUCAGGGAUAAAAUUGAGCUGAGGAUCUAAUGAGGCCCAAAGCCAAGGCUGCCAUACAAGCCAGGCUUCAAAAAGUCGCGUGCCUACAGAUAAAGCCAGUAAAUCACUUUAUGGACCCAAACCAGCUGCAAAUGAGAAAUUUCCUGUGCAAAGGCUCUUUUUGUUUCCUCCUGAGGAGAAGGCUAGCUGUGGUGCGAACCAGGAGGGGAAGGUUGCUAUAAUUUCAGUGCUGGGUGUCCCUGAAGUUCUGAAGCCCAAAAUCCAAACGUCUCUGUGCUGCUACUGAGUGCUUGCAGCAGUGCCUGGCACUCUGCUGUGAUGGAAAAAAAAAACUUGUCUUAGGGAAAGACCCAGAUGGAAAGGUACAGAGUGGACAAAACUGAUCUGGUAAUGUAACAUUCAUCUUGUUUGUAACUGGGGAACAAGUUUAGACUAAAACAGUAGCACAGCAAGAUUCUCACUUGUUUGCGUUUUGGCCACCUGAAUAGGCUGUUGGGGCACAUGGAUAAGCUGGUUUGAACUUAGGUGAAGCAGCUUUUGCUUUUUCUUUUUGGCAGAGCAGGAUUUUUUUUGGACAGAGAGGCUGAGUAAGAUGUAGGGAGCAGCCACUGGGGCUAGCAGCGAUGAACAUGAGCCCUUCAGCAACCCCCAGACAAUCAGAAGAGCUAUAGUAACGGUGACUUGAGUAGCGGUCCAUAGUGAUGGGCUGUUUAACGCCUCUCCACUAUGGCUGGCCGGUUUACAUAGUUGUAAAUUGCAGCCUGUUCCACAUGGUUGUGGAUUAAGCCAGCUUUUGGAAAACUAUGCUAUGAUCUUGGCUUAGGGCAGGGACUGACAGGGCAUCUUGGAGGACGCUGGAAGCAUAUCUGGCCAGCAACUGAGAAAGAAAGAGGAAAAGCAAUGGCUUACUGUCAUCUAAAUGAUAGUUGUUAAGGGAGUGUUUGUCACGGUCAUGCACGUGCGCCUGCACAUUUCUCUGCUCCUCUUAGGACUUGGUGUCAUUGCCAUCUUGCAAAGUCCUGCCUGCCUCACUUUUCUUGUAACCCUUCCCCUGUAACUGGCAUCACAGCAGGGCACAACCUUCCUCCUUCCACAUCCAGGUCCCGCAGGGACUUAUUGGAGCCUGUUCUUGGCUUUCUUGUUCUUCUUGGAACAGUGAGAAAUCUGUUUCUGACCCAGUUCAAGCUAGCUUUUCUUUCCUGGGACCAUGUAUGCUCUGAUUUUAUCUGCUGUCUUUCUCCUGCCUCUCCAGAUUUUCUCAGCAAAGUUGUCAUCUGCCUGGAUGCAUUGGUUCCCAGGAAAAGGCAUCAGAAGUAGACAAGAACUUGUUGAAGUGAACAGGGAUCUCACUUGGCUUUACUUGGGAGAAGGACAGAAAAGGCUCUGAGGCUAUUAUUAGAUGUUAAGACUUAAAAGGUAAAUGGAUUUCAGCUGUGAUAUUGGACAGCUAGAAGCAGCAGCAACCUACAUGAGCUGGGAAGCAUGCAAGCAGGCUGCAGCAGGGCUGGGUGUGGGGAGCUUGAUGCCCUCCUUCCCACUGCGCCCACAGGAACUUCUGCUUCCCACUUUCACGGAGCCUUUCCACUCCUUUGACUCAUGAGCCCGCUGAGCCUGGCCAGGUUUCCAGCCAGGAGAGGCCAGGUUGGUAAGGAAGGGUAAAUGGAGGAUGCAAGAGGAGCUGUAUUUGAACUCAGUGACUGUGUGUGCUGCCAUGUGCAUGUGCACUGCUGUCUUCAGAAAGGUGCAAUUAUCACAUCUUAGUCUACAAAUGAAGAAAAAAAAAGACAACAACUCAUGCAUGUCACAAGGCUUCUUGGCCCAGAGGCACAGCUUGACUUUCUGAGUGUCACUUCUCUAUGCCAGUCCCUUUGCGUAGCUGCUGGUAGCUCUGGGUGUGUUGCUACAUAUCCUGGUUCUGACUGCCUGGGUGGUGGUUUGGAUGUGCUGUUGACAGUGGUGUAAUCACUUACAUAACUGUAAUCAAUCCCUAUCCCAGAUGGUCUCUUACAUCAUGGAAAGCACACCCAGGGGAUCAGAUAAUGCUUUUCCCCCACCAGCCCAUGUCUGCUCUGCAGUCUGUUCUAACAUGCCAUCGUACAGAGCAUAAAGCAAACUCCCCUUCCUGCCUUGAAGAGCUAAUUAAUGUUUUCAUUAAGUGUGUAAAUGAGAGGCCCCUUUAGAAUGAGAUCUGCUCUUACCCGCUGCCUUGCAGCAUCAGCACGAGAGCACGGCGGCUUUGCGAAGCAGAGCCUGGUCGGGACCUCAGCUACAUCGCGCGUUGGCCGUGUCCCGCCUGCGUGCGCUCAGCCGGGCCCUUAAAGCAGGCACCAGCUGCAAGCAUCAGUGACAGCUUUAGGUGGUGCGGGCAGGCCUGGCACGGGGCUCGGUGCAGGGGCAGCGCGGGCGAGCUCCGCAGCAGAGCCGUCCCGUGCCGUUGGUGCUCAGCCGCGGUUCCCAGGUGGAGGAGUGGGGUCCGGAUUGUAGUAUGCGGGUGCAAUGCUAAGAGCAGGGAGGUGACAUAAGAAUGUGAUGGCAGGGCAACCCCGGGGGUAGCUCGCAGGCCGGAGUGGGAAGCCGUUGCGGGAGGAGGAAGCCGGCUGAGAUUGCUGCACGAGGUGUGAGCAGCGCUAGCUGGGACCAGCCGAGGUCCGGGCUCGGAAACGCAAGCAUCUGUCCCCCCGCCCCGUGCUGCUAUCCCAGUUUCAGCGCUGCCUGGGCCCUUCCAGUAUAGACGCAGAGGCUACGUGUGCGCAGGGCUCAGCCCGCAGCUGUGCACGAGCGGUGCAAACGCUCCGCCAAAGCCUCCGGUCCCCAGGUGAGCGCGGCUAACUGUACAGCUGGGGGGGGGGGGGGUCGGUGUACCCCUUCUCUUAAGCCGCAAGGAAGAAACACCAAAUCCAAUGCAGGCUGGAGCCAGAGCUCUGCCGGCUCACGGAGGAGGCCACAUUGCACAGGUUUAAUUUUUGUUGUAGCAGCUGUGACGGAUUUCCAAAAGGGCAGCAUCCAGCAGGGCCGGCAAGGGAUCGAGCUCAUUCAGGGUAAUUACACGAGUCAGGGUCCAGGGCGCAGGGCGCAGCGGGGCGGGAGCGAGCAGCAGUGGACACGUCGCCCUGCCUCUCUGAGAGCAACAGGAAUUUUUCCAAAUAGGUGCAGAGGCCUCUUAAAAAGAUUUCCAGGAAAAGGUAGCCUCUUACAGAUUUAAUCGUUAGUACUCGUAUUGCUAUUUUUUUUAAACAGUCUGAUGAUGUAUGAUUUGUACAGAAGAUCUGUUUGUGCCUUAUAAGGGUGUCUGUGCACUUUUUAUCCUUUUUAAAGUAACUUUUAAAAAAAACGGGGAGAAAAUAACACAGAUCGAUGGUAGUUUUAUAGAAUCUUGUGUUCACUGAGAAUCCUGCUUUUUAUAUCUAUAUAUCUAUAUACAUAUAUAGAUAUAGGAGUGAAAAAGUGUUUAUUUCCUUGGAUUUUCCCCUCUCUCCUCCUAACCUAUUUGUGGAGGGGAGGGGGGAGAAAGAAGGAAAAAGGAAAGUAGAGGGAACCCUUUUACCUUCCCCUUCCCAGGGCAGUUGGUCUUUUAUCGUUACCUUUAUGAUUCAAUACUGUGAUCUGUACAUCAUGUUUAAGCUGAAUCAGAUUUUGGACUCUGUAUUAGGCUUUUCAAGCAAAUCAUUUGGGGGAGCGGGGAGGGGGGAGCCGCACGAGGGAGGGAACUGCACUUCUACCUGUCAGUACUCUAUAGCGUUGUGUUCAGUGCUGUGUGUUUUAUUUUUGUCCAUUUAUCUGUUUUACAUUAAUAUAAUUUUACUUGUUUAUGAAACAAAUAAAACUUUGGCUUGUAGGAGUUCUCCCUGACAUUUAAAA